CAUUGCAUUUGAUCGCUGUCGCCAAAUGGGGAUUUGAUUCUAACUGGAAAACAUUCCCUGAGUUUAAAGUGAAUUGGCUGUGGCUUUAUUCUGCAGCUCUACGGCUUAGUUCCUCGUGUUGCUACACAGUGCAGUAGGGAUACAUGCAGGUGGAAUAACCACCGAUGAUAGCAUUGACAGUCUAAAUUUGGAAGUGGCGACGAAGGACAUUCCAUUCAGAACCCCUUCCCUGCAUUCAUGUCAAGAUAUUGACCAGAAAUAAUCAACGUUCGGUGACCAGAAAAACGAGAUCCUAACGGUGUAUUCGACCUGGUACUGCAGUUAUCUGAGGGAGAAUGUCAGCAAAGGAUGGGGGAAUUUCCACUGUGGGAGCUGGCUCCUGACUCGAGAAGCAUUUCCAGGACUUUCGUGGCCAAAAACUUUGCAGAGGGUGGUUCUGGUUACUGUGUAGAGGUCUGAAUUUUUUCAACCAGGUUGCCCAGCAUGCUGAUGUGGAAGGUGGGCACCAUCCGGAGUUGCACUUGACAGACUCUAGGACCAUCAAUCUGGUGUUAUCGACUGCGGCUGUGAAGGGUUUAACCAUUCAGGACUUCAACUUAGCAAAACAGAUCGACGAGAGUAAUGUGUUGUACUCCUCCAAAUGGUUAAAGGGAAACCCAAGCAUGAUUAAAGCAGUGCUGCAGACUGAAGAUGAAAAUGCGUCAGGUUUCUGCCCUUUGCUGCUGAGGACACCAUUGCCACUCGCAGACAUCAACAAUCCAGGGAGUAAGCUUAUGUCAGGAAUAUGCCAAUUAGCCGAACAAGGUACAAAAGGAGGUUUUCCAGGAAUGCAAGGAAAACAUGAGUGGCCGGAACAGCUUUCCGAUGAAGAUUUGGGAAAACGGUUGAAGCUUCUGUCCAACUGGAACCUAUCACCUGACAAAAGAUCCAUAUCCAGAACAUUUCAAGCCAUAAAUUUCUCUGAAGGUAUUAAGCUUCUGAAUGCAGUUGCAAAGUUGGCAGUAGAGAAGGAUCAUCCUCCAGACCUACAUUUAACAGAAUGUCGGAGGGUGGUUGUUGAGAUUACGACUCCACAAUUUCAGGGGUUAACAAUUUUGGACAUGUCCUUGGCGGAGCACAUUGAUAAGAUGGAGAUUCAAUAUGCAGAAACUGCCACUGACAUCAAUUCCUUUCAAAAGAAUUUUAAUUGGGAACUAGAAUCUUCACCUUCUGAAGACUGUAAAGUUCAGCGACCAGCGAUGUCCCCUGAACAGCCAGAAUUUGAAGUUCAACCAGAUAUUUCCAUUGAACAUUCCGCUGGAGGUCAAGCAGAAGUUGAUCCUAAGGAUACAGCAACUCUGCUGCAUUCCUUGAUACUGGUAUACGCCGGUGCUGGAUUUGGAGGGCUCUCCAUUCAAGAAGCUGCUAGUAGACUGAAAAUGCAAGGCCUGCCUGGCCUGAAAGACAAAGCUAAAACUGUACAAAUCGCGAGGAUUACACGUAAUCACCCGGAUUUUGUGCCGUGCGAUGGCAUUGGAUGCUAUGCACUUCGAAAGUCCUUGUUGAAGAGCUUCCUGGCAGGGACUUUGGAUGCGGAAGCUCUCGCAGACGAGAAGAGGAUGGAGGCGAUUGUGCUUGAGAAAUAUAUUUCCCAGGGAGCACCUGACUCAGAGCAGUGCAAGUCAACCUCUUCAACCCCGUUGCCGGAAGUGUGCUCUCCUGGGCUGCCACAGUCUCGUGCACCCACUCCAAAACCUUACAAGACGAUCAUCCACACUCACUCACCCGGACUUCAACGCAGAAAAACACCACCAAUAUGUGGACACCGACUUGCUGCCUGAUCAGGAACUCUUCUGAAACAAGGAACCACAGAUAUAGGUUUAAUGGAGGACAGUGAGGACGAGAAAAAGUGUUAUUCAAAAUUCCAGUGAUAUAUAAGACGCCGUUCAUGUGAGGUGUAAUCGGUCAAACAUAGCUAAUCAGUCCCUCCAAUGCAUUUCCUGACCCAAGCUUUACUGUUUUGGGGCUAGAUCAUGAGAGGUGAGAUUUCAUAUGACCAGAUUGCCAGCAUCCAUUUAGAGUUAUGUGAAUGUAUAAAAACUAUCCAUGUUAGAGAGGAUAAUCAAGCAUAAGAGCAUCGGCAAUGACUGAUGUAAAAUAUCAAUAAUUGUUAUCAUUAUUCGUUUUUCUUCCUCUUCAA